UUAUAAAUCCUCGUUAUAUACUUUAAUUCCAUUUCCAUUUAUUACUCUACAUAUUCCAACCACUCCCAACAUUUUCCCUGACAUUACCGUAUUAAAAAGGAAAAAGAAAAAGAAAGAUACACUGAUGUGUAAUUCUUCUGUUUAAAUAUAUAUUCUAUAAAAUACAUAUUUUGCUGGUGAUUAUGAUAAAAAUUAGUAUAUUAUUGAGAUAAUAUUAGAAUAUCUUAUGAUAAAAGCAAGUUGUUACUAGUAAAUAUCAGUUCUGUUGCUCAGAUAUUGUGGUUUGUUACAACCAUGUGUUCAAUAGUGCCCUUUCUAACCCCUACUGUACUUGCUUUCUCUUUCAUCAUCUCUGUGAUUUCAACGCCAUUAUAGUAGUAGAAACAGGAAACCCAACUUACCAAGUUGUUCUCUUUCUCUGUCAUGAAGGAUUCUCAUAAUAUAAAAAGGGCUAGUGAUCAUUGCUGAAAGCAGGGUGGCAGGGUUAAUCUUCUGAUUUCAUCAUGAGUUUGAUUUUGCUGGUGCCUAUAUCUAUUCUCUUUGUUGGAGCAUUCUCAGAAGGGGUUUCGGAACCUGAAGUGGUGAACAUUGGAGCUAUCUUCACAUUUAGCACUAUCAAUGGGAAAGUUGCAAGGAUUGCCAUGAAAGCUGCUGUGGAAGAUAUCAAUUCUGAUCCUACCAUUCUUGGUGGUCGAAAACUGGCUCUCUCUAUGCACGAUUCCAACUACAGUGGAUUUCUCGGCAUCAUUGGGGCAUUACAAUACAUGGGGACUAAUACUGUUGCUAUUGUUGGCCCUCAACAUUCCAUGAUGGCCCAUGUACUCUCACAUCUUGCAAAUGAGCUCCAUAUCCCACUGUUGUCAUUCACUGCUCUAGACCCCUCCCUUUCUUCUCUCCAGUACCCUUAUUUUAUCCAAACAGCACCCAAUGACCAAUUCCAGAUGGCUGCAAUUGCAGAUAUGGUCAGUUAUUUUGGUUAUAGAGACGUAAUUGCAGUUUACACUGAUGAUGAUCAAAGCCGAAAUGGUAUAUUUGCACUAGGUGAUAGACUGGCAGAGAGACGGUGUAAAAUUUCUUAUAAAGCAGUACUUCCCCCUGACCCUAAAGCGACCCGAGACGAGGUCAUGAAUGAGUUAAUUAAGGUUAGAUUGGAGGAAUCUCGAGUCAUUGUUCUAAACACUUACUCCAAAACAGGUCUUUUGGUUUUUGACGUGGCUCAGUAUCUCGAAAUGAUGGAGAAUGGAUAUGUGUGGAUUGCUACUACUUGGCUAUCCACUGUCCUAGAUUCUACUGCACCAAUUUCUCCAAAGAUUGCCAACUCUAUCCAAGGAGUUCUCGCUCUUCGUCCCCAUACACCCAACUCAGAAAGGAAAAAUGCUUUCUUAUCUAGGUGGAACAGGUUGAGUAAUGGCUCUGUCGGUUUGAACCCUUAUGGACUAUAUGCUUAUGAUACUGUUUGGAUUAUUGCUACUGCAAUUAAAGCGUUUUUGGAUCAUGGUGGCACUAUCUCAUUCUCCAAUGAUUCAACUUUAAGUGGUCUAGGGAAAGGAAAUCUGAAUCUUGGUGCAUUGAAAAUUUUUGAUGGGGGGAAGCAGUUGCUUAGCAACAUGUUGAAAAUCAAUAUGACAGGUCUAACUGGUCCUAUUGGAUUCAAUCCAGACAGAUCUAUGAUACAUCCUUCCUAUGAUGUUAUUAAUGUAAUUGGAACUGGAUUCCGGCAGAUAGGAUACUGGUCUAACUAUUCGGGGCUAUCAGUUGUGCCCCCAGAGAGACUUUAUGCCAAACCACCCAACCGGUCAACUUCAAACCAACAACUUCAUAGUGUGAUAUGGCCUGGAGAAACAACAAUUCAGCCUCGCGGGUGGGUUUUUCCAAACAAUGGGAGGCAGUUAAAAAUUGGAGUUCCGAACCGAGUUAGUUAUCAAGCUUUUGUCUCACGGGUCAAAGAUACUGAUAUGAUCCAAGGGUAUAGCAUAGACGUUUUCCUUGCUGCCAUAAAGUUCCUUCCGUAUGCGGUUCCUUUUAAGUUUAUUCUGUUUGGAGAUGGUCGCAAGAAUCCAAGCUACAGUGAACUUGUAAAUAUGGUUGCAUCCAAUGCCUUUGAUGCUGCCGUUGGUGACAUUGCGAUCGUCACAAACCGGACAAAGGUUGUCGAUUUUACUCAGCCAUACAUAGAGUCAGGGCUAGUUAUAGUGACUCCAGUCAAGAAGCAGAACUCUAGUGCUUGGGCUUUCUUGCGGCCAUUCACUCCGUUAAUGUGGGGAGUCACAGCAGCUUUUUUCCUUAUAAUGGGGGCAGUGGUUUGGAUUCUAGAACACAGAACAAAUGAUGAAUUCCGGGGGCCACCUAAGAAACAGUUCGUUACAAUCCUGUGGUUUAGCUUCUCAACCAUGUUUUUUUCCCACAGAGAAAACACAGUGAGCGCACUUGGUCGCAUGGUGCUACUUAUUUGGCUUUUUGUGGUUUUAAUAAUAAACUCAAGCUAUACUGCAAGCUUGACAUCAAUCCUCACGGUGCAACAGCUAUCCUCACCCAUCAAAGGAAUUGAAAGCUUGAUAACAAGCAAUGAUCGGAUUGGGUUCCAGAUAGGGUCUUUUGCUGAAAACUAUUUAAGCAAAGAACUCAAUAUUGCGAAAUCUAGACUUGUUGCUCUUGGCUCACCAGAAGAAUAUGCUUUUGCCCUUGAGAAAGGAACCGUAGCAGCUGUGGUUGAUGAAAAAGCAUAUGUCAACCUUUUCCUCGCAAACUACUGCAAGUUCACAAUUGUUGGUCAAGAGUUCACUAAAAGUGGUUGGGGAUUUGCAUUUCCAAAAGACUCUCCAUUAGCCGUUGACAUGUCAACCGCCAUCCUCACACUAUCAGAGAACGGUGACCUUCAAAAAAUACAUGACAAGUGGCUGAAGGGAGAAGCUUGUAGUUCGGAGAGCUCUCAGCUUGAAUCAGACCAGCUUCAUUUAAGGAGCUUCUGGGGGCUUUUUCUCAUUUCUGGCAUUGCAUGCUUUCUCGCUCUCCUUAUAUAUUUGUACUUGAUGCUACGCGAGUUCAGCAGGCAUCUUCCUGAACUAUCUGAUCGUUCUAUCCGUGGCCAUACACGCCCUGCACGAAUCCAAACAUUCUUAUCAUUCGCCGACGAGAAGGAAGAGGUAUCUAAUAGAAAGUUGAAGAGAAAACAUACUGAAAUGUCAUCAAGUGUUUAUGGUAAGGAACACGAAUCAAUGAAUGGAUCUAAAAGAACAGAGAUUGACAUUUCUGAGGUGAGGCAUAAUGAUGAUACUUCAUUUCAUUAACAAGUCUAGUUUUGACCCCUGUGAAUUAUAGCAAUGUGUGCCUAUUUAUCUCUCAAAAAAAUUCACUUGUCACUUGACAAACAUUUGGCAAUUUUGAGCUGCUGCUAAUUGUUAAUGAGCUGUUUUUUUACUGAAGAAAAGAGAAUGUCUCAAUUUUCACUCAAGAUGAUUGUGUUUCGACUGAUUUGGUUGUCGAUAUACAACACUAUGGAUAAUGUACAAAUUAUAUAUAGAAUAAAGUAUUAAGACAAAUGUCUGACAGCAAUCUUA